UGACUUCACCAGGUCGUACGGAUAUGUUCGAGCUGGACUCUGAUUCAACUUGUAGUCUCGGACCAAAGCCCAAUGAUCGAGGACAGUACCUUCCUGCAACUCGACGAGCCUUUUUCAUUUUGGGCCACGGGGGCGAAAGCCGGUGCUUCGGUGUUGACAUCGAGCUACUUCUCCUGACGUUUUGGAUCUCUGCAGAAAAUAAGUUGGACCUUAGGAAAUGCAAGAACAAGUUCAGUUGAUGUCGAGCUACGACUCAAAUCAUUUUUCUGCAUCGCCCCAUGAUGAUGCACGCCACAAAGGAGCAACCGUAUCAUGAUAAGAUAUUCCCUGAAUCCUCCCACCCGAAACCAUCAUGUUCCAUAUCGCGAAGCAUUCUGUGAGUACACUCAAGACAAUCAAGAAAUUCUUGUUUGUCCAUAAUUAUAAGAUCGGCUUUCUAAGCACUCAUUAGUAUGAACUUUUAGGGUUGGCGCAAAAAGUGCUUGUACCUUCCGUCCCGAGAAGCAAAAGGUCUCAAAGUCUAUCUCCUGCUGUCAUGAAUUUCUCGUGACAGAUCCAAAAAUCACGUAUUUAGGUAACUUGACAACGAGGGUUUAGACAAGAAAGAACAGAGGAGAAAAAUCAUUUGCUGAUGUACCAUUUUCUGUGACCCGAUAUCGAGCGUGCGAAUGCAUCUGCUGCAGAUUAUUUUCAGGACAUAAAAUUCCUAGUCGAUCUCGAACUGCAUAGGAUCAAAGACUCAAAGCUGUAAUGGCUGCCAGAGCUUUCUAGAGAGAGAGAGAGAGAGAGAGAGAGAGAGAACAGAAGUGAAGCUUAAGUAAGUUGGUACUUCCCCAUCUCCCCUCGAGCUCAUCCAGCGACUGAACAACAACAAGGACAACAAAUCAAGAACACCUUCCAAUCCCAUCCAUCUCACCGGCGAUCCAGCUCUGGCAAUUACCGAAAUGCCACUCCUCCCUCUCCACCGCACCUCCGCUUCUCCUCCGCCGUCAUCCGCCGCCGCAGCCGCCCCCUCCUACACCUCCAAACCCAUCAAGCCCCAGAAACCCGCCCCCGCUCCUCCGUACUCCCGCCGGAUUCUCCUGGCCGUCGUCGCCUUCUCGGUCGUCUCCCUGGUGAUCGGCAUCGCCGGAGUCUCCUUCUCUUUCUAUGCUCUCCGGCGGCCCAGGCCCUCGCCCGUCUUCCGGUGCGGGAGGACCGUGGACGCUUUCCGGGCUUUCUAUUCGGCUUCCCGUUCGAGGAAGCUUGGCGAUGGCGGCAACGGUGGGUUGGCUACGGCGGCGGAUCGUCCCAAGCUUCUGGGUAUUGUUGGCAUUCAGACUGGGUUUGAUUCCUUCGAUCGCCGAGCUGCUAUUAGGAGCACUUGGCUUGCUUCUGACCCUGAUGGGCUUUUGAGGUUGGAGCAAGCUACUGGUUUAUCUUUUAGAUUUGUGAUUGGGCGAUCAAAGGAUGCAACGAAGAUGGCCAGACUUCAGAAAGAGGUCGAUGAGUAUAAGGAUUUUAUGCUCAUUGACGUUGAAGAAGAAUAUUUAUUGCUCCCAUACAAGACGCUGGCAUAUUUUAAGGCAGCAUUUGAACUUUUUGAAGCAGAAUAUUAUGUCAAAGCGGAUGAUGAUAUAUAUCUGCGUCCAGAUCGUCUUGCAACUUUAUUAGCUAGAGAGCGAAAACAUUCUCUUACUUACAUCGGAUGUAUGAAGAAAGGGCCAGUCAUAACUGACCCGAAACUGAAAUGGUAUGAAAAAUCAGGCCAUCUGAUUGGAAAUGAAUAUUUCUUGCAUGCGUAUGGCCCUAUAUAUGUUCUGUCGGCAGAAGUGGUAGCUUCACUUGCUACUGCUAGAAAUAAUAGCUUGAGAAUGUUUAGCAAUGAGGAUGUUACUAUUGGUUCAUGGAUGCUUGCUAUGAACGCAUAUCAUGAGGACAACCGAGCAAUAUGUGAUCCUCGAUGUACACCUACAUCAAUUGCGGUGUGGGACAUCCCAAAGUGCUCAGGUUUAUGCCGUCCGGUCACUAAGAUGAAAGAGCUUCACAAGAUUGAUAUGUGUUCUAAAAGCCCUACGCUGCCUUCGGACGAUGACUGACUAGUAAAAUCUGUGAAGCUUGAACUCACCAUAUCUUGGAGGAUUGGUUUACUUCUUAGCCUCCAUCAAUCGGCCUUUUGGUAUAGCUGCGACCCGUUUCUCCAUAAUGCCAUUGUUUUGGAGAUUAUCCUUGUGGAGAUGACCAUAUCGAAGCCUCGUCUGCAACUCCAUGAAACAGCAAACUCUUGGGUCUCUGGGAAUUGUAUUGAAUACUGUAUUAACACAAAGCUGUCAGGCUGCUAUAUGAUACUAACGGACUAAAUGUAACUAUUGCUUGGGGACCGGGUCCCCGAUGCCCCCAUGGGAAUGAAAUUUAUACUUCUGAAAACUUGAGAACGGCUUUGCGAGCACCAUUCUUUGGAUAUUCAACCUCUCACAUAGUGGUGCUA